UCACCGCUAAAAAAUGCUGUGUUCAUUUCUAGAAAACGAAAAGGUUUAAAAACAUUUUUCUUUACUGAAAGAAUUCUGCUUUAAAUGCACUGUGAUCAAUGACGUGGUAAACCAUCUUCACUUAAUGAUCUCUGAAUAAUUCACAUCAUGUUUAUCAAGUUUUCAUCUUAUGGGAUUUGGUGAGCAUGCAGGAUACCAUGAGGCGUAAUGCAGCAUUCCUGCUCUUCUGGGGAAUCUUGAAUUUCUACUUUCUUCCGGACUGCUGCCAAACUGACUCUACUUUUACUGCCAGUUCUUCUCCAAACCUUUCCAUGACUGUUUCUCAAAGCACUGCAGCUCAAACAAUGGAGCCCUUAACCAAUGGGAUCAGUUCAUCAGGAAGCAUUAAAACAACUAGCAUGGACUCAUCAACGACAUCUGAGACACCUACACUGACUCCAAGUCAUGCAAACAAUGACUCCAUUACCACCACUGUUUCCAAUACACAGGAUGGUAGAGGCCAAACCUCAGACAGCAAUAUAUAUGAUUCUUGGACCACUGGAACAUUAACUGGUCACCAAAUGCCUGAGCCAACAACUGAAACUUCAACCAACAGAAGUGUCAUAGAGCAGACUGCAUUUUCUGAAUCAAUGACAACAAUUUCCCCUACAACAACUCCAGACUCGAGUUCAUCCACAUUCACAACAACCUCAGAACCAAAACACCUCACAAUGAGAAGCACAACUGAGUCUUACUCCACCAUUCAAGCCACUACACAACCGAUGAACACUUCUGACUCACCAUCAAUCUACCAAUCUGCAAAUGAAUUAUAUACUACAUCUUCCAACCACCUGCAAGUCUCCCAAGCAGCUACUGCUGCCUCUGCACUCCUUCAGUCUACACCACCGCAAAACGCACCAACCAAUGCAAACAUUAAACAGCCCACUGUUACAACCUCAACUUCAUCCAGCAGAAGUGUCACGGAUCAGACAGCGUUUUUUGAAUCAACAAAAACAACUAGCAUGGACACAAAGACAUCUGAGACAUCUGAGUCAGGAAAACCGAUCUUCACAAGCAGCUCAGAACCAAACCACUUCACUAUCAGAAGCACAACCAAGAUUUACUCCACCAUUCAAGCCACUACACAACCAAUGAACACUUCUGUCUCGCCAGUAAACUACCGAAGCACUGCAACUCAAACAAUGGACACCUUAACCAAUGCCACAUCACAUGCGAUCAGUUCAACAGAAAGCGCUACAACAACUAGCACGGACACGUCAAUGACACUGACAACAACAACAACAACGACAGGCUCUUCAUUUCCAUCCCCUGAUGCGUCCUCUGGGACAUCACACUCCGCUGCGACGACAACACAACAGCUUGAGUCAUCAGACCAUACUCAAGUCUCCAUCACAUCAAAUGAAUCGACAACAAACACAAUUGCCCCUACAUCAACUCCGGACUUGAGUUCAGACAUCUUCACAACAAGCUCAGAACCAAAUCACUUCACAACAAGAGGCGCAACCGAGUCUUACCCCGCCAUUCAAGCCACUACACAAACGAUGAACACUGCUCUCAGUGACACUUCUGACUCACCAUCUAUCUACCAAUCUACAAAUGAAUUAGAUACUACAUCUUUCAGCCACCUGCAAACACAAAUGUCUCAAACAAUUUCUGCUGCCUCUGCACUUCAGUCGACAUCGUCACAGAUCACACCAACCAAUGCAAUCAUUACACAGCCUUCAGUUACAACCUCAACUUCAUCCAGCAGAAGUGUCACAGAUCAGACAGCGUUUUCUGAAUCAACAAAAACAACUAGCAUGGACACAAAGACAUCUGAGACACCUACACUGACUCUGAAUCAGGAGAAUGAAAAUGAACGCAUUACAUCCACUGAUGCCAAUACGCAGGAUGACCAAACCUCGCACAGCAAUAUAUCCAAUUCUUGGACCACUGGAACAUUGACUGGUACCCAAAAAUCUGAGCCAACAACUGAAACCUCAACCAACAGAGAACAGACAGCAUUUUCUGAAUCAACAAUUACAGCGAUUUCCUCUACAACAACUCCAGACUCGAGUUCAUCUAUCUUCACAAGCAGCUCAGAACCAAACCACUUCACUAUCAGAAGCACAACCAAGAUUUACUCCACCAUUCAAGCCACUACACAACUAAUGAACACUUCUGUCUCGCCAAUAAACUACCAAAGCACUGCAACUCAAACAAUGGACACCUUAACCAAUGCCACAUCACAUGGGAUCAGUUCAACAGAAAGCGCUACAACAACUAGCACGGACACGUCAAUGACACUGACAACAACAACAACUACAGGCUCUUCAUUUCCAUCCCCUGAUGCGUCCUCUGGGACAUCACACUCGCUGCGACGACAACACAACAGCUUGAGUCAUCAGACCAUACUCAAGUCUCCAGCACAUCAAAUGAAUCGACAACAACAACAAUUGCCCCUACAUCAACUCCGGACUUGAGUUCAGACAUCUUCACAACAAGCUCAGAACCAAAUCACUUCACAACAAGAGGCGCAACCGAGUCUUACCCCGCCAUUCAAGCCACUACACAAACGAUGAACACUGCUCUCAGUGACACUUCUGACUCACCAUCAAUCUACCAAUCUUCAAAUGAAUUAGAAACUACAUCUUUCAGCCACCUGCAAACACAAAUGUCUCAAACAACUUCUGCUGCCUCUGCACUUCAGUCGACAUCGUCACAGAUCACACCAACCAAUGCAAACAUUACAUGGCCUUCAGUUACAACCUCAACUUCAUCCAGCAGAAGUGUCACAAAUCAGACAGCGUUUUCUGAAUCAACAAAAACAACUAGCAUGGACACAAAGACAUCUGAGACACCUACACUGACUCUGAAUCAGGAGAAUGAAAAUGAACGCAUUACAUCCACUGAUGCCAAUACGCAGGAUGACCAAACCUCGCACAGCAAUAUAUCCAAUUCUUGGACCACUGGAACAUUGACUGGUACCCAAAAAUCUGAGCCAACAACUGAAACCUCAACCAACAGAGAACAGACAGCAUUUUCUGAAUCAACAAUUACAGCGAUUUCCUCUACAACAACUCCAGACUCGAGUUCAUCUAUCUUCACAAGCAGCUCAGAACCAAACCACUUCACUAUCAGAAGCACAACCAAGAUUUACUCCACCAUUCAAGCCACUACACAACUAAUGAACACUUCUGUCUCGCCAAUAAACUACCAAAGCACUGCAACUCAAACAAUGGACACCUUAACCAAUGCCACAUCACAUGGGAUCAGUUCAACAGAAAGCGCUACAACAACUAGCACGGACACGUCAAUGACACUGACAACAACAACAACUACAGGCUCUUCAUUUCCAUCCCCUGAUGCGUCCUCUGGGACAUCACACUCCGCUGCGACGACAACACAACAGCUUGAGUCAUCAGACCAUACUCAAGUCUCCAUCACAUCAAAUGAAUCGACAACAACAACAAUUGCCCCUACAUCAACUCCGGACUUGAGUUCAGACAUCUUCACAACAAGCUCAGAACCAAAUCACUUCACAACAAGAGGCGCAACCGAGUCUUACCCCGCCAUUCAAGCCACUACACAAACGAUGAACACUGCUCUCAGUGACACUUCUGACUCACCAUCAAUCUACCAAUCUACAAAUGAAUUAGAAACUACAUCUUUCAGCCACCUGCAAACACAAAUGUCUCAAACAAUUUCUGCUGCCUCUGCACUUCAGUCGACAUCGUCACAGAUCACACCAACCAAUGCAAACAUUACAUGGCCUUCAGUUACAACCUCAACUUCAUCCAGCAGAAGUGUCACAAAUCAGACAGCGUUUUCUGAAUCAACAAAAACAACUAGCAUGGACACAAAGACAUCUGAGACACCUACACUGACUCUGAAUCAAGAGAAUGAAAAUGAAAAUACAACAACGACGGGAAUAGUUUCAAGACCAGCAAUAACACCCGAUUCAAUGCCCACAUCUAUGAACACGCCCUCAAAGUCUCUGACAACUCAGGAAAAUCUGAAAAAGAACACAAACACCUCCUUAAACCCAUUUUCUCCAGCAUCUCCUGUAACAGCCAUAAGCAAUGACUCUAAACCUGUCACCACUCCAUUAGCUGAGGAACACAAAGGCACAACUGUGGGCAUAUCAAUUCAAACAGCGCUAAACAGGUCUGAUUCAGAAGGCACUACAGUCACAGACACCUGGUCAAACAGCAUAUCUUCAAUACCAGCAGGUCUAACAAACCCACAAUUAUCAAGAAACACCAGCAGAGACGGAAAAGCAGAUGAUUCUGCAAAUUCAGUGAAACGCACCAUUGUUUUUGUCUUCAACAUUCCCAAAGUACCUGUGUUUAAAACAAUCACCUUCAGUCACUCACUGGUUAAUCAAGUAACAGUCAUGAACACAGUUUUAAGACCAUGAAACGGUUACAUAAAAUGACUUAAAAGCAAAGUGUGUGAUUAAGAGAGCAUAUAUUUGGCUCCUUGUAUACAUGACAAUUGCGGAAGGGUCAAAAACAGAAACUUCCAGCUAAAUGCAUCUUAAUGGAGAGAGAUUGGGAAUAUAAGGAAUGUAGAAGCCGAAAUAUUUUUGUGGUUACUGAACAGACAGGAAGGCAAUGUCAACUAUUUCAACGUCAAGCAGAUCAUAUGACUACGUGCUUUUAAACAAAUAAACAAAUAAACAAACAAAGACUGAAACCAAAACAAAUGAGAUGGAAGAACAGGUGUAAUGUUUUAUGAAGACAUUUCAACAACAUAUCAAAUAUAUGAUAUGUUGGUUUUAUAUGUUAAUUUGUAUUCUAUUCACUGUAGUGUUACAGCUUUAAAUUAUGCAAUGUUUAUGUACAAAGACACCCAAAAAAAAUCAUUCAUAUCAUCAUGCAUGUAAACAAUAACAUGCAAAACCUUUUGCUCUUUGCAUUUUUUCAGCUCUUUUGUCGCUUACGUACUCAUUUUGUACUUUAAUUUUAAAAUUGUGUUCUGUGAAAAUUGUUGGCUCCUACGACAAAUUGCUUGUGAUUUUCCUUUGUAAGUUGCUAUAAAAUCAUCUGCUGAAUAAAUAAAUAUACAAUAUGUCAGAUC